GUUUUGCCGGGGACGUCUUAUGCAGCUUUGUUGUGACGAUGAUGGAGGAGGAAGAAUUUGAGUUGGCGGAGGAUUUGGAGUCGAUUCUGCAUCUCACCCCGGAGGUGCAGCUCGCCAUUGAGCAGGUUUUUCCCAGUCAGGACCCUCUGGACAGAGCAGACUUCAAUGCUGUGGAGUACAUCAACACACUGUUCCCCACUGAGCAGUCCCUGGCCAACAUUGAUGAUGUGGUUAACAAGAUUCGUCUCAAGAUUCGGCAUCUGGACGACAACAUACGAACGGUGGUGAGAGGACAGACCAACGUUGGCCAGGAUGGCAGACAGGCUUUGGAGGAGGCCCAGAUUGCCAUCCAACAAUUGUUUGGCAAAAUCAAAGACAUCAAGGACAAGGCAGAGAAGUCUGAACAAAUGGUUAAGGAGAUUACGAGGGACAUAAAGCAGUUGGACCAUGCCAAGCGCCACCUAACUACAUCCAUCACCACCCUCAACCACCUGCACAUGUUAGCGGGGGGUGUGGACUCUUUAGAAGCCAUGACCAGAAAGAGGCAGUAUGGUGAAGUUGCCAACUUGCUGCAGGGAGUGGUCAAUGUGCUGGAACAUUUCCACAAGUACAUGGGCAUUACCCAGAUCAGACAGCUUUCUGAGAGAGUGAAAGCAGCACAGAGUGAGUUGGGGACUCAGAUCCUGGCAGAUUUUGAAGAAGCCUUCCCCUCUCAGGGCUCCAAGAGAACAGGUGGUCCCAGUAACGUGCUGAGAGACGCCUGCCUGGUGGCCAACGUGCUGGACCCACGUAUCAAACAAGAGAUCAUCAAAAAGUUCAUCCGGCAGCACCUCUCAGAGUACCUGGUGCUCUUCCAGGAAAACCAAGAUGUUGCUUGGCUGGACAAGAUCGAUCGCCGCUAUGCCUGGAUCAAACGGCAGCUGGUGGACUAUGAGGAGAAAUAUGGACGCAUGUUUCCUGAAGAAUGGUGCAUGACUGAGAGGAUUGCUGUGGAGUUCUGCCACAUCACCAGGGUGGAGCUAGCCAAAGUGAUGCGAACCCGAGCAAAGGAGAUUGAGGUGAAACUGCUUCUUUUUGCCAUUCAGAGAACCACCAACUUCGAGGGUUUACUGGCCAAACGCUUCCCAGGAUCCACCUUGACUGACGUACCUGGAAAAAAGAGAUCAGAAAGCCCUCUCGAACCUACCAACCCCUUCCUGGAGGAGGAGCCAGGUGAGGAUGUGGAUCUAGCCAAGCCCAGGAAGCCCAAAGCCCCUGACAACCCUUUCCACGGCAUUGUCUCCAAGUGUUUCGAACCUCAUCUAUAUGUCUACAUAGAGUCCCAGGACAAGAACCUAGGCGAGCUGAUCGACCGGUUUGUGGCCGACUUCCGAGCACAAGGCCCACCCAAGGUGGGCACGGAGGAAGGCGGAGCGGUCCUGCCCAGCUGUGCUGACCUCUUUGUCUAUUACAAGAAGUGCAUGGUGCAGUGCUCACAGCUGAGCACAGGAGAACCAAUGAUCGCCCUCACAACAAUCUUCCAGAAAUUCCUGAGGGAGUACGCCUGGAAGAUCCUCUCUGGAAACCUUCCAAAGUCCAGCAGUAGCAGUGGGGGUCUCACUAUCAGCAGUCUGCUGAAGGAGAAAGAAUUCUCAGAUGCUUCAAAGUUCACCGUAGAUGAGCUCUGUCUCAUCUGUAGCAUCCUCAGCACUGCAGAGUACUGUUUGGCUACCACACAACAGUUGGAAGAGAAGCUAAAGGAAAAGGUAGAUAAAGUCCUGGUGGAGAGAAUUAACUUGACUGGAGAGAUGGAUACAUUCAGCACUGUGAUCUCAAACAGUAUUCAGCUGAUAGUUCAAGAUUUGGACUCUGCCUGUGACCCUGCUCUCACUGCUAUGAGCAAGAUGCCGUGGCAGAGUGUGGAGCACGUGGGUGACCAGAGUCCUUAUGUGACGUCAAUCAUCAUGCACAUUAAACAAAAUGUGCCAAUCAUCAGAGACAAUCUGGCCUCCACCCGCAAAUACUUCACACAGUUCUGCAUCAAGUUCACAAAUUCUUUCAUUCCCAAAUUCAUCAACCACCUGUUUAGAUGUAAGCCUAUCAGCAUGGUGGGAGCUGAGCAACUCCUCCUCGACACCCACUCCCUGAAGACUGUUCUGUUGGAUCUUCCCUCCAUAGGCUCCCAGGUGCUCCGCAAGGCACCCGCCAGCUACACCAAGAUAGUGGUGAAAGGAAUGACCAGAGCAGAGAUGAUACUGAAGGUGGUGAUGGCCCCACAUGAACCACCAGUGGUGUUCGUUGACAACUACAUCAAGCUCCUGGCUGACGGCAACCCAGAGACCUUCCAGAAGAUUCUGGACAUGAAGGGUCUGAAGCGCAGUGAGCAAAGCAGCAUGCUGGAGCUGUUCAGGCAGAGGUUACCCACUCCACCCUCCGGGGCUGACGGAGGCCCCACCCUGUCCUUCAGUGCCGCCACCCCUGAGCAGGAGUCGUCCCGCAUCCGUAAACUGGAGAAACUCAUCAAGAAGAGACUGUGAUCAGACACAUUGAUGGUAAAAGAGGCGGCAGGAUGAGACUUCUUGCCCUCACUCUUCUCACAAACUUUAAUCAUCAAGGAGAAUCAAAGAAAAAGCAAAGAUCGGACUGAAUUUUCUUACGCUGGAUAAUGAAGAAACUGCUACCUGUUGCUACAUCUGUCAUGUUGCUUCUGUAACUUCCUCUUUCUUCUCAUGACACUAAUGCCUGAGCUUUGUAACAUCCGCACAUUGUCAGCUCAGAGAGCCGCUGGCUGCCUCUCUGGUACACGUCUAAUCCCUGAUGAUCACCAGCAGGCUGAUCAUAAUUAAAGUUGAUGUUUUCUGAAUAUAAUGUUCUUCAAGGAUAACUAUGGCUUUCCUCAAUCAUUUUUAAUUUAAAGUGUGUGUGCGUCAUAGGUGUCGGGAUUGUUUGUGUGAGCGGCGACCUAAAACAAAUCCCUGAGUGUGGAACAAAGAGGAUCUUUGAAUUUCCUGUGUUGUCGCUGAGCCAUCUUUGUCUUGGCAUUUAAAAUCUCUCGUGGUUGAUUUGGAAACCAUCUAACUGAAGACUUGGCUUGGGCCUUUGCCUGGAAUGGGGGGGGCAAUUAAUGGGGUAUAUACUGUCUAUGUAAACAUUAAGUACACGUGUGCGGUCGCAGCUGCGCUUUUAAAGUCCAAACAACUUUAAUAAUUUAAUCCUCUGUCUCUUUUUGCAUUGACAUAAAAGCUCAUGUUUGUUUAAGCAGGAGUCUAUUUAUUCUUCCAUUCGGCUGCACUGUACUUUCAGGCCAAAUUACUUAAGGUUUGGAAAAUAUUAUUUUUGUCAUAAAAGAUACAAAACAAGCUGGAUUUGUCUCUGCACUUUUGCCAUGUACAGUACUCUGAGUCUCUGAAGCCUCAUGUGAUGUCACGGCCUGUGGAGGAAAAUCCAAACUUCUCUGCAGUCUGGUUUCCAUGGUAGCUGAUUUUGAUGCCAGGGCCUCUCAGUGUCUCAAGGCUUUAUAUAUAUAUAAAGCCAUAUAUAUGUCAUGUAAGUGCAUAUUUUAAACAUUUGAUUUUAAAUUGGCUCCCCAUUAGGAUAUAUUUUAAGAUUGAUAACUUCCCAUCGGCUCAUGGUGAUGGCAGCGUGUUUGCCAUCAGGGCUGUGAAGUGAUUCCCGGAGGAAAUAGGGCUGUCUGAGACAGUGUCGACUUCAAAUGGACUUUCUCCAUAAGGCAUAUUCCUGAAUUUCCAUAAGUUGCCGGACACAAAUCUCUCUUUUUAAAUAUAUUUAUGUGCUCCUCUGUGUUUUCUAACCAUUUGUUCUCUUGUUUAGUAGCACUGUGUGUAGAAAUUUGCUCUAUAAAUAAAGUUAUUAUAAAUCUA